AUGGCUCCCCCCAAGCAACAACAGCCGCCUUUCCAGAAGGACGAGCGUGUGCUUUGCUUCCAUAUGGAGAUGCUGUAUGAAGCCAAGAUUCUCGACACCAUGCCGGCGGAGAGCGGCGAGGGAUGGCAGUACAAGAUCCAUUACAAGGGCUGGAAGAGCUCCUGGGACGACUGGGUGCCACAGGAUCGCGUGCGCAAGUUUACCGACGAGAACAAGGACCUGGCGGCCCAACUACUGGCCCAGUUCAAAAUGCUUCAGUCCGGGAAAUCGGCCAAGCAGUCCGCGAAGAAGGUCACCACGUCCAGGGCGGCUAACGGGUCCGAGUUGGGUUCUACCCGAGGCAGCGAGGAGCGCACUGCGGGCGCGACAGCUACGACGACCGGCAGAGGUCCGCGGAGGACGAGGGACUAUGAGAUGGAGCAAGAGGAUAACUUCCAUAACCGGCCGUCCAUCAAGGUCCCCGUCCCCGACCAUCUUAAGGCGAUGCUCGUCGACGAUUGGGAGAACGUCACCAAGAACCAGCAGCUCGUCCCACUCCCACAUGCCCACUCCGUCAACGAAAUCCUUGACGACUACCUCUCCCACGAGAGGCCGCACCGCGAGCAGGGCAGUGCUUCGCUCGACAUCCUGGAGGAGACCAUUUCCGGCCUGCGCGAGUAUUUCGACAAGGCGCUCGGCCGCAUCCUGCUGUACCGUUUCGAGCGCAUGCAAUACCACGACAUGCACAAGCUCUGGGGCCAACCCGAUGGCCAGCACAAAAGUGCUGUCGAUACCUACGGCGCAGAGCACUUGUCGCGUCUUCUCGUCUCGCUCCCGGAGCUCAUUGCCCAGACCAACAUGGACCAACAGUCGGUCAACCGUCUCCGUGAAGAAAUCAUGAAGUUCACCAACUGGUUCGCGAGGCACGUCACCCGGUACUUUGUCAGCGAGUACGAGAACCCGGGGCCGGCCUACCUCGACCUGGCCCGCACCAACUGA